AAAACGAAUCAUCACCAUCGUCCGUGUCUCUCUCUUCCACACCAGUAACAAGCAACCACACUGCCCCAUCUCUAUCUCUGACCUGCAGAAACCACUGCUAGAUGUUCAUGUCUUCCUCUUCCUCUAGACUUGGAUGGCAUUAUGAUGUGUUUCUAAGUUUUAGAGGUGAAGAUACUCGCAAGAAUUUUACGGAUCAUCUUUACACUGCUUUACUCCAAGCAGGAAUCCAUACAUUUCGAGAUGAUAACGAACUUCGUAAAGGAGAAGAAAUCUCCUCACACCUCCUCAAAGCAAUUCAAGAAUCCAAGAUUUCGAUAGUGGUUUUCUCUAAGGGCUAUGCUUCCUCCACUUGGUGUCUUGAUGAACUUUCAGAGAUUCUUGAUUGCAGACAAACAGCUGGUCAGAUUGUUCUACCAGUUUUCUAUGAUAUUGAUCCUUCUGAUAUUAGAAAACAGAAAAGGAGUUUUGCUGAAGCCUUUGAUAGACAUGAAGAACUUUUUAAGGAAGAAAUGGAGAAGGUCCAAAAGUGGAGAAAAGCUCUUGUGGAGGCUGGAAGAUUAACUGGGUUUGAUCUUCACAGUAUCGCAAAUGGGCAUGAAUCAAAAUUAAUUCAAAUGAUUGUUGAAGAAGUUUUAAGUAAAUUGAAUCCCAGAUACGUGAAAGUUGCCACAUAUCCAGUAGGUAUUGAUUCUCAAGUCAAAGAUAUCAUUUCCAUGGUAUGUGUUGGUACAAAUGAAGUUCGAAUUGUGGGAAUCUAUGGGAUGCCAGGAAUAGGCAAGACAACCAUAGCAAAAGCUGUUUUUAACCAAAUUUGUCAUAAAUUUGAAGGAAGUAGUUGCCUUUUGAAUAUCAGAGAAAGAUUAGAUCAACACCGAGGUCUACUUCAAUUACAAAAACAGCUUCUUCGUGAUAUUUUGAAGGCAUAUAUUGGGCUUAACGAUGAUGAUGAAGGAAUCAAUCGCAUCAAAAGCCGAUUUUGUCGUAAAAGGGUACUUGUUAUUCUUGACGAUGUUGAUCAAUUGAAACAUUUACGUGGAUUGGCAGGAGAGCGAGACUGGUUUGGUCCUGGAAGUAGAAUCGUAAUUACAACUUCAGAUGAACGUUUACUCACACGACUUGAAGUGGAAAAACAAUAUCACUCCAAAGGACUGAACAAUGAUGAGUCUCUUCAACUUUUCAGUUGGCAUGCCUUUAAGAAGCCCCAUCCAAUGAAAGAAUAUGUUGAGCUGUCUAAAGUUGUAGUUGAUUAUGUUGGUGGAGUUCCAUUGGCUCUUGAAGUCCUAGGCUCUAAUUUGUUUCAAAGAAGCAUCACUCACUGGAGAAGUUUUAUAGAGAAAUUGCAAAAACAUCUUCCACAUCAAAUUCAGAGGCAACUUAUAACUAGUUUGGAUGAUUUGGAUGGUGAAGUGAAGGGUAUGUUCCUUGAUAUUGCGUGUUUCUUUAAUGGUAUGGAUAAAGAUUACGUGGGAAAAAUUCUCGAUGGUCGAGGUUUUUAUCCAGAAAUGGGUUUUGAUAUUCUCAGGGAAAGAUCCCUUUUAACAGUCAACAGUGAGAAUGAGUUACAGAUGGAUAAUCUCUUACGAGACAUGGGAAGGGAGAUCAUUCAUCAAAUGGCUCCAAACCAUCCCGGAAAGCGUAGCAGACUUUGGCAUCCCGAAGAUAUAAUGGACGUACUCGAUAAAUAUUGUUCGGGCACAGAGGUAGUGGAGGGUAUCGUGCUAGACGCU